AUGUUUCCGCAAUUGAAACUAAUCGUCCUUCUAUCUCUCGUUGUAAUUCACCUCCUUCAUGUCUUGGCCAAAAAAUGGUGUGUGUCAGCGGCAUCUGCGCCAGAUACACAACUACAACUACAAGCUAAUAUUGAUUGGGCAUGUAGCAUAGGAAAAGUUGACUAUGUAAAAAUCAAUCUAGGUGGAGAUUGCUAUGAACCAAAUACUCCUACUAGUCAUGCAUCAUUUGUGAUGAAUGAUUACUACCAGAACCACGGAAACACUGAAGAGACAUGUGAUUUCAAUCAUACUGGUCAAAUAAUUGGUGCUGAUCCAAGUUAUCGUCGUUGUAGGUAUACGUAGAAUAUAUUGUUUGAUGAAUAAUUUUUUGUGAUUGCAAAGUUUUCUAGCGAAUAAUACAAUUAUGUAGAAUCGAAAGUAUUAUUAAAUAUUUUGUAGGUUAAUAAAAACUAAAUUUAUUUUUCAUUCAUUUUAGUCAUAAUAAAUGUUUAUAUAUUGAUGAAUUUGUCAUUAUAUUCAACAUUUUUUGUGAUUCUCUCUUACAACAAAGUCAUUAUUUAAAAUAAAUACAACUUGUGUACCAAAACUCUUAG